AUGUGCUCUCGAUCAUUCGUGGUGCAGAAGCGGACUGCGAAAUCUCUGCACCGCUAUCAGCUGGGAGAUGCCUUGGGAGCAGGCUGCUUCGGGACAGUGUCGAAGGCCACCGACAAGAUCUCGGGUGUCCGGCGUGCGUGGAAAACGCUUUCCAAAACGAAGCAAGGUCAGAUGUCGAAGAAGGAGGCAGCCACCAUGUCAAGUCUAGACCAUCCGAGUAUUUGCCGACUCUAUGAUGUCAUCGAGGACAAGGAGAACAUGUACUUCGUUUUGGAGCUUUGUUCCGGAGGCGAUCUGCAGAAACGUCUCGAGGAUUGCACCGAGCAGUUCUUGCCGGAGUCCACGGCAGCGCUGGUGAUGAAGCAGCUUUUCUCUGCCAUGAACUACCUGCACCAGCUCGGGAUCACGCAUGGCGACUUCGCAGCGCGAAAUGUCUUAAUCAAGGAAGACAAGCCUUUGGAUCAAAGCAUGGUCAAGGUUGCAGAUUUCGGGAGCGCCCGCAACUAUGACAUGACGCAAGAUGCCGGGCCCCACAAGAGCGAUAUUUGGGGCCUGGGGCGCCUCAUGCGCGGCCUCGUUUGCGACAUUAGCCGCGUGUUAGGCAAGUCCACGAUCGCAAGCGCCACGGGGCAAUCCGUGCCCCGGAAGCCCAUGGACGACACUGCUUGGAUAGGGCACUCGCCCGAGUCACGCUGCCUUUGUGGGCGCAUCCUUCGUCGCGAUCCUGUCGCAAGGUGGACAGCGGAAGAGGCUCUGGGCCAUCCGUGGCUGGAGGCCUCGAGGAUGCAGCCGAAGGAAGCGGCCGUGCCGGAUAACCUUCUGCAGCGUCUUCAGGCUUUCGCGGAUGCCAGCUGCCUCGAGCGAGUUGCGCUGCAAGCGAUUGCUGAGCAGAGAGGAGGCAACGAGAAUUUGUUCGUCACAUUGGACGCGGAUUGUGACGGCCUCAUCACGCCAGCCGACCUUCAGUGCUCGUUGGAGCAAGCCUUCGGGACAACGGCCGAGAUGCCGAAUUUGCGGGCGCUUCUUCUCGAGGUGGAUCCGGAUGGCGUCGGCGCUCUGGAGCUGUCAACCUUCAAGGGCGCGAUGCUGCAGGCCACCGGCUUGGAUAAGCGAGUAAUUCAAGCUGGCUUCCGCGUGGUCGACCGGGACAUGGAUGGCAAGAUCACGGUGGGGGACCUUCGACGGAUUCUUCCCGAACUCGACGAGGCCGAGGCUGUAACCAUGGUGGAAGGCUUCGACUUUGACUCAGAUGGCGGCUUGAACUGCGACGAGUUCUCCGACAUGGUUUCUACUUACUUCGAGCGGCAAACCGCGAAAGAUACUUGGUCAAAGGUGACUCUCAAGCGGAAGACGCCCGAGAUGAGGCGCUUCAAACUUUUCUCCAUGGGCGUCAAGAACCUUCGCACUGUAGAGGAUGAUGACGAUGCGCACUCGAGUUGUGUUGCGUCCAGUAUCUUUACAGCGAGCCACACAUUGGGGGACAGCCGUUUGGCGGAUUCCAGCAGCAGCAGCGAGAGUAGCGGCGGUGACGAGGCUCCUCCGCACCGCGGACUCCAAUAG